UCUCCUCUCCUUCCUCCAUCCCUCGACCCAUAAUCCUGAACACUAAGAGCCCUGGACGAAAAAUCACGCUACUGGCCCUCACCUACCCUCCCAGAGAAAUGCGCCUCUUCUCGCUCGGCCUCUGCUGUCGUUCUUCUUCUUCUUCUUCCUCUCCUCGCACUCUCGCCAACUGACACCAACACUGCACCUCUCGCUUCUCUCACUCACACUCACUCACUCACACUCAUCCCCGACUUCCCCCCCUCCCCGCUGAUAAUCAAUAACCCAUUUCCAACCUCAUCCUCUCUUACAAAGCAUUUCCUGACAGGUCUCAUUUCUUCCUCUUUCAACUAUCCACUACUGUCUCUCGCUCUGAUCUGUCCUGCCCCCUCUAACCCUCAUCGACACCCCUCUGUCUCUUCCGGCUCCCUGUUCAUCAGAAAAAAAACAAAGAGAAGAAAAAAAGAAAACUAAAAAAUAAAAAUAAAAAGAAGCAGUCGGGAUUCAGACGUCCGUCUCAAGGGGUUCCUACGUCAAGCGAGUUUUCCGCCGAGUAUGGCAGCUGGAACGGAAGUCUUGAACCAAAGUGCCUCUCGCCCCGUUCCCACAAUGCCAUCUCCCACCCUCAACACAGCAACUGGCGAUGCGACCACCACCACAAAUAACCUCAAUGAUAAUUCCGUCCACACCUCCUCCUCCCUCUCUCCCUCGUCGUCCUGCUCCGACGGCGAAAACGAGCGGAAGACGAGAGCCGAUCGCCCUCGCCUGGCGCGUAAACCAAGUGCCUCCAUCCUCGUGCCCCGUGACCACCCCGAGAUUGAAAUUGAGGAGGAAGAAUUUCCGCCAGAUGAUGCUCGUGCCAUGAGUCCUCGCAGGAACUCCGCCGAUGUUGAGAGACUGAGCAGAGAGGCGAGAGAGACUCUCAAACAACAAGCAAAGACAUUACAGUCCUCCUUACAGGCUUUGGCUGAACGUAUCGAUGAAGUCAAAUCUGAUCAUGAUCGCCUCGAGAGCGAAAACAGGUUUCUACAGGAUUACAUUGGAGGGCUGACGCGCACAAUGUCGGCAAGGGCUGAGUUGACCUCCACGUCCGGUCACACAAAGGGGAGAAAGCAUCACAAGUAGUACGCUUUUCGCACGCUGCAACAACUGGCAGGUGGACCACCUGUCGCACCUUUUCCAAGGUCGUGUUGUUUCCUUCGUACCACACACACCAAACCUUCCGGGGGAAUGAAACGGCCAUGGUGAUAAGAGGACUUUGAAACCAGGGUUGACCACUUUUUUUAUUGUCCUUUUUUUAUUCCAUUUCUUUCUUCCCUUUUCUGGGCCUUUUCUUUUAUGACGUUAUUACGCGUUAUGACCUUCCGAUCGCAUUUAGCGAGCUCCUUUUUCAAUUCUCUCUCAGCUUAUACGCCACCCUAAUCUCCUAAUUUCAUGAAGCCGUUGCGCUCGCGGAUAAAAGCUUCUGUUUUUCUCCAUCGGCCAGUCCUUGAUGAUACCCGAACGUUUCGAUCGCCAUCCGUUUCCGUCAGUGUAUUUCUUCCAGUGGAGGCUCUGCGUUUUCGUCAUUGGACCCGGUUGCCUGAUGACCUUGCAAUGGAAACACCAUUAUAGCCGGAUUCACCCUAUUUGAGCGAAAGAUAUCCAAUCCGGUUCGGCAUCAGCAACGAUCUUCCCUCUCUAUUUGUCCGACACGGAACCCUUGUGUCAUUCCUCGCCACUGCAGUCCCCAUUCGAGUAGCAAACCACGCAAGGACAGUCUGGGUUAAUUUUUCUUCCCCCCGCCCGUCUUCUUGCCACAUCCCCUUCCCCAACGACAAGGAAAUUCGUGUUCCAUGUGACGACGCAGCCUCCCGUCACCAUCUCUCGGCGAAUCACGGCGGAAAGCUUUAUCUUCAGCCCACAAUGAUAGAUGGCCAUGUUUCCGCUUUCUGAUCCUUGCAUCCAUUUCUACGUUUGUCAUCGUUCCUAUGCGGGAGUCGGGUGUCCUUUUUUUUUCCUCCUUUGUUUUCAUAAGCAAACUCGGGUACGAAUGUUGUCUUGCCGUGUAAUUCCAAUGGUAUAUCCCAUGUGCUAAAAAAAAAAUUCCAUAUUGGACAACUCCUUUUUUAU